AUGUCACUGCCGAGUUUCGCUCAUUACAGCUUAUUGGGAGUUACACCGUCUGCUUCAUUUGAGGAAGUCAAAAAGGCAUACAAAAAGCUUUCUUUAAAAUAUCACCCAGAUAAGACAUCCAAUGCAGCACAUCACGAAAAGUUUAAGGAGAUUAAUACCGCAUAUGAAAUAAUCAGGAAUUACCAUGACAAGGUAAAUACAAGAAAGAACAACGGGGGUGGUAAUACAGGCGGAGCCACUUACCAAUUCUCCACCAAAACCGAAUUUUACAAAUCUACUUCUAAUGCUGAGUAUUACAGUCGUCACUCACCAUCAUCCAACAAACCUGGGAAUGCUGCAAAUUCAAGCCAUUAUUCAUAUUAUCACUUUUAUCAGAAAUCACAAGAGCAACAAAAACAAGCCGCCGAGGCUGCAGCUAUACAAGCUCAACGUUUGAGAGAGGAAAUGUUGGAACGCGUAAAAGCCGAAGCAGAAAUGAAACAAAAGGAGGAAGAACAACGAAGAAGAAAGAAACAAGAAGAAAAAGAAGAAGAGAAGGAGGAGGAGAAGGGGGAGGAAGAAGAGGAGGAAGAAGAAGAAGAAGAAGAAGAAGGCUUGCAAAAAGAAAAAGAACAGGCUAAACGAGAAAAGAAGUAUGGUUUCAAGAAAGACGAUUUGAGUGAAAAUCCUGCAAAUAGCGUGCAAGAUUGGGAUAAUCCUGGGGUAACUAGAGACGAGAAAAGUUACAAAGCUGCGAAGGAAACUAGAAGGAGCCAGGUUGAAGCAGCCGAACUUGCAUCCGAGUUUUUAAAAAAAGCCAAUGGGCUAGCUGAUGGCGCAACGCGUCACUAUUAUUCUUCAAUAAAACGAGACAGGAGUACUAGUCACUUGAAAGAAAAUGUCAAUAACAAUAGCACUGAAUUUGUACCCAGACGACGUGGCGAUGGAGUUUUCCUGGGUAAUUUACAGCUGAAACGGAAAUUGAAAGAUUUUAUAAUUUCAAGCGGGAAAAACUGUUUAGAUGAUAUCGAACAUGAAAAUAUCCCAUUGCAAGAAAGCCUGGAAGAGGAUAAAAAUGGCAGCUCGUUUAUGCAUGCGCCCAAUACCUCGGAACCAAAUGUAUCGUUGAGCUCUGAAGAAUGUUCUCCUAACACAAAACGGAGGCAUAUUGAUAUUGGUAUAUCAUCUGCAUCUGCAUCUGCAUCUGCAUCUGCACCUUCACCAAGUAGAAGGGAGCAGCAAGAAACUCCAACUAAGACUAGUGACGAAAAUCCACGUCAACCUUUUAAUAGCAUAGCCGGUGGUUCAAAAGCAUUCCGCGAAUCACAGCAUCAAGAUAGAAAUACAUCAGCGCAAUUGCAUAAACGGCCCAAGAUAAGUCAAUUGGACACUCCGUCUGCUUUUGAUUUAAACAAAUUGGAGAGAAAUCUUGCAAGUGGUAUUGAAGAUGUUGAUUUUCGGGAAAUUUACAAUAGUCUUCCUGAUGAACACAAACACAAACCUGCCAAGGGGGUAGUUGACACUUUUGCAAGUUCUAAAACAAAAGAGUUUGUUUACAGCAAUGAUUCGAACGUUGAGAUAUUGUCUACUCCAUUGAAUAGGAACCCUGUGCGAGGUCAUCCACCACCACCUCCUGUAUCAAAUGAUUUUCAUAAACUUACUGUUUUGGAUAUGCACGCUUCGCCAAAAGUGCACAACUUCAAGGCGCCGAAACCACCGUUGGCAAACUUUGACCCCAGCUCUGUAAGUAAAGCCAAAUGGCAGCGGUAUCUGGAUUUGAUCUUGAAGUAUCAAGAGGAAUUUCUUGCUUAUAAGAAACUAAUUGUGCAAUAUCAAUUUGAAAGAACCGAGAAAGAUUUGCUAUAUUACAACGCCAUCAACAACUUGAAUGAAUUGUCGAAUCUUGAAGUUUACAACAAUUGCAUUUUGAGAGACCUUGAAGUAAUUGCACAAUUGAAAAAUGCUUUGAGAGUGUUUAGUUUCACAAUGAAUCUUUAUUGGCAAAAUUGCCAAUGGGUCAAUAUGCACAAAAAAAACGAUAAAAAUUGGCACUAA